AUGUCGGGCGACGUCGGUGGGAUCAUUGGUAGGGAGCUUCUCGACGCCGCGCCUGCUUCGGCGCCGGUGGCGCACGCGGAACACGAAGAUGGCACGGUGGCGCUGUGGUUUGUCUUCGUCGCCCUGGCGGUGGGAAGCGCGACGCGCACGGCGCUGCAUGGCACGUCGAUUCCGUACACGGUGGUUCUGUUCAUGAUCGGGAUGCUCUGGGCGGUGAUUUACGACAAAACUGACAUCGGGUUGUUGGACACGUCUUUGGCGGCGUGGAAGGGAAUCAAUCCGCAUCUGUUGUUGGCGGUGUUCUUGCCGGCGCUCAUCUUUGAGUCAUCGUUUUCAAUGGAGUGGCACACGCUGAAGAAGGUUCUUCCGAAAGUUCUACUGCUCGCGGGACCCGGGGUAUUGAUAUCGAUGGCUCUCACGGGAUGUUUGAUACGAGCGAUGCCGUUCGGGUUAAGUUGGGGAUUCUGUAUGAUGCUCGGUUCUAUUCUGUCCGCGACGGAUCCAGUCGCCGUCGUCGCUAUUCUUAAGGAAGUCGGCGCGAGUAAGGUUCUGGGACACCUGAUCGAGGGCGAGUCUUUGGUGAAUGACGGUACUGCAAUCGUCGUCUUCAACGUCUUCCUCGCCAUCGCCAGGGGAGAAGAGAAAACGUUUGGAGACGUCAUGAAAGAUUUAAUCACGCAGCCGAUAAUCUCCGCGUUACUCGGUGGCGGAAUCGGAUACGCGUGCUUGUUCUGGCUUAAAAACUCGCGCCAAGAUCACCUAGUUGACAUAACCAUCACACUUUUCGCCGGAUACAUUUCUUUCAUGCUCGCUGAGAAUGUCAUCAAAUGCAGCGGUGUGCUCGCCGUCGUCGUCUUGGGUUGGGUCGUGAGCGCCAAGGGUCGGACGCACUUUAAGGGACACGUCCAGCACUCGAUGCACCAUUUCUGGGAGAUGCUCACCUACGCAGCGAAUACGAUCGUAUUCAUUUUGGCGGGAUUUUUAAUCGUCGCAGACAUUCUCGUCGGUGAGCUCGAAAUUAAGUGGUCAGACUUGGGCUGGGGCGUGUUGCUCUACAUGGCCCUCAACGUGGUUCGUCUCAUCACCACGGCGAUGCUUUAUCCGUUCAUGAACAUGUUCAAGGCACAUAAGCUCACGGUCCGAGAGACGGCAAUUGCCGUGUGGGCUGGUCUACGCGGUGCCGUCGGAUUGGCGCUCGCGCUCGUCGUGGUUGAAGACGACACACACUUCAGUGCUCGACAACGCGGACUCACGCUUGCACUCGUUUCCUGCGAGGUGUGCGGAACGCUCUUCAUCAACGCAACAACGUCGGCUACGAUGCUUCGCCUCGUCGGAUUACUAACCCCGGGGUUGAGCCACGAUAGGGCGCUCGCGGCUGCGCGUAAAGCGAUUCAUGAACGCGCGUUACAGCACUAUGACGAGCAGCUUGAACAAACGGGGGCGCAGUAUCUCGGCGCACCAGAUUUCACCGCGGUGAAGCAGCUCGUGCCUUUCCUCCGACAGCAAAUAGGGGAAGAGACUGAGAUCGAGUUCAAGAUGGAAAUAGCAAAGAUGGAUGCUCAGCUCAUGGCGGAGAUGCGGUGCAGGUUUCUCCACGGUCUGACGACAGAAAUCUGGAAAAUGCUCGAGGAUGACCUCAUCGACUCAAUGGUUGCGUCUGCUUUACUCAUCGCGAUCGAGCGAGCGCGCGAUAAAGCUUCGAGCAUGAGCUUAUGUGAUCUUAUAGAGUUCAACAAGUUCAUGAAGAUGAAUCGCGUGAAACUGCGCGUUGUGAAGUGGUUUGAUCGUAGCAAAUUUAGGAAAAAGAUUCUGGACGCACUGCGAUAUCUCAAGUUGAUUGACCAAGCGUGGAUGGCUACCAGGCGACAAAUGCAGGGGCUUCACGCUAUUAUCAGCGCCCACCGAUUAACGUCGGAACAGUUCAAGGCGUUACUAGGGGAAAACGCGCAAAAAAAAGAGGAUGAAGCGUUUUCUGAAGAGGCGAAGAUAGGGAGCCAAGAAACACCGUCUAUCGCUGUGCUCGCGCGUGAAUUCACCAUCAAGAAAGCGAUCGAGCAACCGAACGCAAACUUGACAAACGAGACAUCGCUCAAGUCAAAUCACGUGCGAGAUGUCCUCGAAGAGUCGAACAUCGAGGUCGCUCAGGCGGUAGAGAUGUUGAAAGAGAUGCAACUCUCGCACAACGCCGUGGCGCGUUCGCUGAGAUCUGAAGCGCUCGCGCGAGAAAUUCUAGAAGUGACGAUGAUAGAAACAAAGUUGCUCACGCACACAGGAUUGCUGGAUGAAUCGGAGGGGUCCAUGUUGCAGGCUGAACACGACGCGUACCUCCGUCGGAUCAUCAGGCAUCCGCUUCCACCAUCAAGAACGUCUCCUGGUCGCAUACUCGCCGCUGUGCCAUUGUUUGACUUUACUCAGCGCGUGGGCAUCAAGUCUAGAGAACUGCGCAAAAAAUAUCUCCGUGAAACGGAUGUGCUUGAAUUUAAGCCUGGAGACGUUAUUCUCGAUCCAAGUGAAAGGCUGCAUGACGGUAUCUUGGUGGUGGGCAACGGCGUUGUGUGUCUGUCAGAUUCGAACAACCCAGAAAACUGCAUAACGAUGGGAUGUAAAUCUCAUCCAUUCGCAUGGGCGCUCGCUCUGUACGAGUGUCUCGCCAACUGGCACCACGUUGGCGAAGAACCGCUUCGCAGUGGUCUUCGGGCGGUCGCCCAGGCCAACAUGUAUGGUUUCAUCGUUCCGAAGUCUCUGUUGGACAGCCUGCACGCUGAUCUGCGUGAGUCGGAAACGCUUGAGUACAUGUGGCGAACCGUUGUAGGCGUGUUCGCGGAGACGAUCUUCGUCAAAGGUCUUCACGAUACCCUUCCGGGUGUUACUCCUGCGAGCAUUGUUCGUGCGGGUAAGCUCAUCAAGGUCUCUAAAGGGACUAAACUUGAGCACCACGAGCGUCAGGUCGUCAUCUUACUCGAGGGGAAGCUCUACAACGAGUCCGUGGGAGAAGUCAUGGCGCCUUGCGUCAUGACUUUCAAAAAAUGUGAUAUGCGUGGUGCGACGAAGGGCGCGAACGAGUUGGAGCAUAAGCUUGAGUCGCGUCUCGGAGCUCUCAAGUUUGGAAAGAAUGGUCUCGUUCGCGGAUCAUCGUCGAACCUCAUGGCUCUCUCUACUAUUCAAGAGACUCAAUCGGCUCGGUCUAUUUCAGGCACCGAAAAGCCCGCGACGGAUGACGAUGUGAUUUGUGGAUUCGAAAGUAUGACCGAUUUGCUCCUUUUUGUCGUCCCUUCGAAGGACAAGUUCAUUGAAAGAUCCCAGAUGGGGGCGUUCAAGAGGACGAGUGCCACGUCGGCGAAGAAGGAGGCGUUCCUCAGAACUCUCACGAAAAAUAUGCAUUCGAGCACGGUCAGUCCGGCAACGAGGAGGAGCGAACGCGAGAAACGAGAGCAUAAUUUGGACGACUCCGCGGGGUUAUCCAAGGCUCUCGAGUUUGACAUCGAGAGCGGCACAGAGUCUAAAUCGACGCAGAGGCGCUUCUCCAUGCAACUCGAGCGUCGGACCGCCACAACGGACGAUCUCGCAGCUGAAGAUCCGCGAACGCAGCUCACCUCCGAUUCGAUCCCAUCGAUGACAAGUGAAGAUGCGAAUCAAGCGACGAUCGCGAGCGAUGAUAUCGGUCCGCUCCGAGGGGGAUGGGACGGUUCGUCCGCGCUCGGUGCUCGAGCGCUCUCGUCUCGCGACUACGAUGACCCAUCCACCCAACACACCAUCUCAUGA